GCGCUUCCCGCCCUACGGGCUCGUCCUUGGUCCUACCCUCGUCAGUUUUCUAGGGCAUGCGCAGUCGCCUUUCUAGACCUUCCUGUUUGGGGCGUUACGUCAAGAUGGCGGCCUCCGUGCUCAGUACGCUGCUGAGACGCCUUCCCAGGUUUUCGCCCUCCAGAGGUGCCGCCGGAGUUCAGGUUCCCCUCCAGUCUCUUUGCAUGGAAGCCCCCUCUGAGGAAGAUUCUUUGUCCCAGCUUCCCACAUCCCCUUAUGAGAAUGAACCCUGGAAGUACCUAGACUCAGAAGAAUACCAGAAUCGCUAUGGUUCUCGCUCCGUCUGGGCUGACUACCGUCGCAACCACAAAGGUGGAAUACCCCCACAACAGACUAGAAAGACGUGUAUUCGUGGAAAUAAAGUCGCUGGGAAUCCCUGCCCCAUCUGCCGGGAUUACAAGCUGCACAUUGACUUUAGGAACGUGAAGCUGUUGGAACAGUUUGUCUGCGCUCACACGGGUAUCAUCUUCCAUGCUCCAUACACAGGGGUCUGUAUGAAGCAGCAUAAAAAGUUGACCCAGGCCAUUCAGAAAGCCAGGGAUCAUGGUCUCCUCAGUUACUACAUUCCCCUGGUUGAACCUCGGGACCUUGACCUUAAUACCUCUCAUGGAGCUGUGAGUGCUACUCCACCAGCCCCCACCCUGGUUUCAGGUGAUCCCUGGUACCCAUGGUACAGCUGGGAACAGCCACCAGAGAGAGAGCUGCUCCGCCUUCGCCGGCUCUAUCAGGGGCAUCUUCGAGAAGAGAGUGGCCCUCCUCCUGAGUCAAUGCUGGAGGUGCCCUUCACACCCCCAGCUGGAGCCUCUUCCACUGAGCAGGCGGGCCCCCAGAGUGCUAUGUAGGAGCUGCAGAUUAGGAAGGGAGCCUGAGGGAUUAAAAAAUAGGGCCUAGGGAUUACUUGAUCGGAUUUCACCCAGAAGAGUUCUGUUCUAUGGCUAAUAGCAUGCCCAUGGCCCAUAAAGGAAAUGUAUUGAAAGGGAUAAAUACAUCUGAGGCUGCAGGAGGGCAGGACAGAUACAUAUAGAAAACCCCAACCCUGAUACGUUGUAUAUAGAUGGGCUAAAAUAAACAUUCUGUUGCUGUUUGACUUCUA